AUGAGGCCACCUCGGUUUCAUUUUCUCGUUUCAUUAACUGCAUACUGUAAGAUGCAGCUGAUUAUCUAAAAUUAUUUUCACUAAUGUACGAUCAUCGUGCGAGUACAGCUCGGAUCGGUUCAGUUGAUUUUAUUCUUUCCACACGUUACAUGUUUUUAGUUGGUAAAGUCAUUCUAAAAGCAUAAGGACAUUAAUUUUUACUGUCUAUGCUAUUUAUAUUUGUAUCAAAAGAAUGUCCCAAGAUAAAGAUGAUUCUCAAAACUUCACGGAUUCUUCUGAAGAUGAAAAAUUUGACAUUUCGACUGCCAGCUCUGAGACUUCCGAAAAAAUUACCGACGAUGAUUCCAGCAAAUCAAAUUCUGAAGUGGAUGAUAAUCAAGUUGAUGACAAAGGUCAGUGUGCAGCUGAAAGUUCAAGACCUAUUUCACUGUCGAUUGACUUACAGGAGCCUUGUUUGUCCAUUAAAGCAGUCAAACAAGCAGAUGUUCAUCAGCAAUUGAAGAUCCCAGGCACUCCAACAAAACGAAGAUUUCCUUUUUCGAAUGAGGAUUCGACAUCAAAUGCUGAUUUCAAGAGAAGUACCAUUUCUUCAUCAUCACAACAAAAAGCAGAAGAGUCCAAAAGUAAUAAUGCUAUUGAAUCAAAUCUCCCAUUGACACCUGCUGUCAUAACUCGAGAGAAAUUUGAAAACGAGUUUACCAAAGUUGCUGACGAAGAGAAUAAAAACAAUCAGCAUUCAUCACAAAGGACUGAAUUCGAUUCCCAGAGCCCUACUGCGCAAAGCAUUCAAAGACAGAGUGACGCCUACAGUUCAGUUUCUGAUGCCGAUAAACAAGUAAAUAUCCAUAAGGAAACAAGAACUUCAGAGACUGCGACAAAACUCGGAUUACUUCCUUCAAACGACAAUUCGGAAUCUCGGUCAGAUCCCGAAAAGCAGGUCAGUUCUAUCAAGCCGUAUGAAGAAGUGGAAACAGACGCAACGAUUGCUGCAACUACUGAGUUAAAUCUCCCACCGCCACGCAUUUUUAUUUCUCUAGAAUACUUCAAAACGGAGUUUACCAAAGUUUUUGAAGAAUAUAAUAAAAGAAAUUCCCAGCUUUCAUCACAGCAUCUCAAAUUCUUCCCUCAGAACCCUCAAAAACAGACGGACUGCCCUAGUUCCUCGUCUGAUGUACCUAAACAGGUAAACAUCCAACAGCAAACAAAAGUUCCUGGCAAUUCAACAAAUUUGGGAUAUCGUUCCUUGGAGGAGCUUUUGGAUUGUCCAACAAAUCGGCGAGAUCCCCUUUUUGACGAGGAUUUGGAUUCCCAGCCAAGUUCUGAGAUCCUUUCCAACUCUGAUGAAAAUGAAGAGGUCUCAAGUACGGCUACUAUUGACUUAAAUCUCCCACCCUCUAAAUUUAUUUUUUCUCCAGCGAGAUUUGCAAGAGAAUUCACCAGAAUUUCUCAUGAUUUGAAUAAAGAAAAUUCCAAACUCUCCUCUCAAAAAGCAAUUUCACGAAGCCCUCAAACGUGGCCCGGUGAUCCCUGCUCAAGUAAGCAGUCUGACACCCAACAUGGAAAAAAAAGGCCUAAAACUCCCCAAAAACGUCGUCUUUCUUCUGAAGAAAAUUCCGGAUUGCAACCAGACUCCAAGAAAUAUAUUGCUUCCACCAGACCGUUGGCAAAAGUCAAAGGGCAUGCAAGAACUCCAAGUUCAAGUGAGUUACAACUCCCAUCCUCACGCGAUGUUUUCGCUCCAGAAAGAUUUGAACAAGAGUUCGCUAAAUACACUGGUGCAAUAAAUAAGCAAAAUACUCAGCAUUCAUCACAAGGCUCCAGUCUUCAAAACCCAGAUCCACGAUUACGAAACGUAAUAUGGAAUCCUUUUUUGACUAUUAAGCUUAAGAAUCCUCCUAUAAACAGAUCAUCUGAUUCUCAAAUUGACCAUGGAGAGGGACCAUCUCACACUCGAAGUGACAGUGAACCAUUUGAAUCUCCAAUUAGUCAUAUAUCAUCAGAAUCUCAAAGUCAAACUGGAGGAAUAAAUUUUUCGGAAAUAGCUUGCCUUAUGAACCGCCUACACUCGGAAAAUCUGAAAAAUCGACGUUUGGAAAUUGCGGCUAGACUUGGUAUUUUAGCAGACCACAUAAAGGAGUUUCGUAAUCUAUUAAAUGCUAUGUCCGUACCACCAAUAAUACCACCUAGUCAUUUAACAAGAUCACACAGCUUACAGGAACGUAGGGACUUAGCAAGGAGCUAUCACAGAGAAACCAUUGCAGAGCGUCAACUAUUUUUAUCGCAACAGCCCUCAAUCGAAAUUCUUUCUACAUUUGCAACUGGAAUGACAGAUAUAUUGAACGAUAUCCGAUAUGAGCUCUCAAUUGCUACAUAUAAUGCUUGGAUGUUCAAGGACAGAGUAGAAUAUUUAAUCGCUCAAUUUCGCCAGAAUUUUUGUGAGGAAAAUGUAGGGAAAAAGAACAAGUGCAAUGGUGAAUCAGAAAAAGUUGUGAAUGGAGAGACUGAUCAAAAAGAGAUGGACAAGCACGAUGAUGAGGAUUGUAAGGAUGAUCAAAAAAUAGUUAAUGGAGAGACUGAUAAAAAAAAGGAGGACAAGCACAAUGAUGAGGAGGACGAGGAUUCUGAGGAUGAUCAAAAAAUUGAGAUCAAGCUCUAUAAGGACUUCUAUAAUAUAUUUUUAAAAUUUUCUAGAGACGUAGAAGAAUUGUUUAAAGGUUUAGAGCCCUGAUUCUUUUAAAAUUCUUCUGAAAUUUUUAUGUAAGUAGGAUUUUAACUUUUGACAACUUGAUUUUUCUUUUUAUUUGGUUUUAAUAAUGUGAUCUUUCUGAAAAAAAGUUUUUACCUGUAAUUUACAAUGAAAAUUAAAAUCACAACCAUGACUGAUUUAUAAAUGUUUAAUUUUUAGACUGUGUUAAUCCUCUUAGUUGUAAAUUUUUUGCAAUAAAGUUAAGUUUUUGUAUCUUAAUUUUAUCUAAAAUGUGCAGAAGUAUCUUUUUUUUAACAUGAAGUCAUAAAUUUCAAUGUUUCGUUUAAAGAACAUGCUAGUUCUACAAAACCAUCUUUAGAGAAUAUAGUUCUCAUUAAAAUAAUUAUUUUAACCUUGAUGAUCCUGUUUUAUAGAAUGUUUACAAUAAAGUUAACUGUCUGCAGUUGGAA